AUGGCACCACAAAUCCCACAAGGUUAUACCGUCCGUGAAAUGGAAUUAAGUGACAUCCAGCAUGGUUUACUGGAUACUUUAUCCGCUUUAACCACUGUCGGCGAUGUCACCGCUGAAAAAUUCCAAGAAUUGUUACAACAUUGGAAAUCAUUACCUUCAAUUUAUAAGCCAAUGGUCAUUGUCGAAGACUCUACUAAGAAAAUUGCUGCUACAGGUGUGCUGCUCAUUGAAAGAAAAUUGAUUCAUGAUUGUGCGAAAUUAGGUCAUAUUGAAGACAUUGCAGUGGACAAGAAUUACCAAGGGUUAAAACUAGGUAAGGCUAUCAUCGACAUCUUGACCGAGUUGGCUUGGAAGGAAAAUUGUUACAAGAUCGUCUUGUAUUGUUCAGACUCUAAUGUCAAAUUCUAUGAAAAAUGUGGUUACAAACUAGACGGCGCUAACAUGUCCUUCCGUAAUCCAAAAAACAAUGUAUAG